AAGGGAAGGACAGCGCCCCGCACCCACGGCACUUCCCAGCCCCUGCUCUCCCCCUCCCCACUCUCUCCCCCAAAUCGGAGAGCGGAGGAACCCAUCCAUCCAUCCAUCCGAAAAGCAGAGCGAGAUGGGCGCCGCGAGCAGCAGCUGCGCCGCCGGCCCGUCGUCGUCGUCGCCGGCGCCGCGGCGCCGGCCGCGGAUCGGCCUCGGCGGGUGCUUCGGGGCCGGAUCCUCCGCGGGCGACCACGGGGGCCUCGCCGCCGCCGCCGCCGCGGCCGCCUCCUCCUCGCGCGCCCUCCAGGCAGCAACUCGGCAAGCAGAGCGAGCAGCGGCUGGGCUAGAUUUCCAGCCUUCUCUGUCUGCUAAGGAUCUUCGCCACACCAGCGAGUCAGACCCAAGAGUGCAUCCGUCUUCAAGCACCAUAAGUCACCGCCUCCGAUUCAACCACCUGGACUGUCACGAGAACAAGGAGCAUGCCCUGCGAAUUAAAGAUGCUGAGACGAGUGGUCUCGGGAGUUCGUCAGGAAAGGAUGCCAUGAUUAGGGGAAAUCUCAGUAAUGAAGUUGGCAAUGAUGAGAGAACAUCUGGAGAAGGGGUUAGUCCUAUGGCACAAGAGCUUGUAGAACCUGCACCUGACAAUGUCCAUAUUGACGCAGUUUUCAUUACAGAAGUUAGUGGCUCCAUGUCCCAGUCUGAUUUCCACUCCUCGCUGAUGGCAUCUGAAAGGAUCAUGCCUGGCUUGGAAGACGGCGAGGCAGCUCUCCGCAGGACUUCAUCCAGAGAUGUUUUGUCAAGUGAAAGAUCAGAUGUUUCUCAAUCCAGCUUAACAUCCAUGUUGCCUGCUACUUCAAGUGCAUCAUCCAUCAUUGGAGAAUCAAUUCCAGAUGCAACUGCUAGCAGAGAAGAUGUUCCAACCAUAUUCAGUGUGUCACAUGGUCAGAUUGGUGGAAGUACAGUGCAUGAAGACAUGGUUAGCAUUUUCUCAAAUGAUGGCCCAGAACACUCUCGAGAUUCCAGCAAUGGUGAAACAAGAAGAAAUCAUAGAAGAGUCCUAUGGGAUUCGUUUUCAAGACGUGGUUCUAGAGGUUAUCUAGAUUCAGACACUGAUGAUCUGGGAUUUUACAGUAGAUGGCUAGACCUUGGUGAUGAUCUUUUUGGAGAUGAGGUUGAGGAGGCACGAUACUUUCAUCGUAGACGCCAUGGUUCAAUCAGAGUAAACCAGUAUUCAAGAUCUCGGAUUAGGGAGCACCGUCGUGCUAUUUUUGAUAGUGGGAACGGACAAAGUACUGCUGCUUGUCCUUUGGGGAUUCACCAAAUUGGCAGAUGCACCUGUGAUGCAUUCUUGGUCGCUGAAGAAUCUAGUGCUCGUGCAAGUAUAUCAAGAAUUGUCAUGUUAACGGAGGCAUUAUUUGAGGUAUUGGAUGAGAUUCAUCGGCAACCCUCAUCACUUUCACUUUCCAUGGCCUCUGCUCAAGCUCCAGAGUCUGUGGUUAAUUCAUUACCAUGUAAGAGCUACAAAAAGCUUGAGACAGCCCAAUGCAGUGCUGAUAUGGAACAGUGCCAUAUCUGCUUAACUGAAUAUGAGGAUGGAGAUCAGAUAAGAAGUCUCCCAUGCAAACAUGAGUUUCACCUGCAGUGUGUCGACAAGUGGCUUAAAGAAAUACACAGGGUGUGCCCGUUGUGUCGUGGGGACGUCUGCGAAGGUGUUGUUGCCUCUUGAAGACCUUGGCACCGGCUCGCCCCCUCAAGGCGCCUCUUGAAGACGGUAGCGCCGGCACAUCUCUUGCAGCCAUGGACGAUGCUGUUUGGUUGGUCUGGAGAGGGCUGAUUACCCAUUGCUGAAGCAUGCGAUUUCAUGCAUUGAUUCGACAUGUCAAGUUCCCAGAAUAUAACAAAGACCUGUACAUAUCUUUUGUAGCCUUAUCCCAUGUAUGACAUCAUGUACAUAUGUGCGAAAAUUUGAUCCGAUUCCACCAUAUUCGAGAUCUAUAUGUAUGCCCCAUGUGACAAUGAUGAAUCCAAGUCGAUCUCCAUCAGGAGGAAACAUAUUUCCAAUGUA